AUGUACAGUAGCAACCAAUUGGUAUUAGCUCAAAACCUGGACCAGCGCCCUACAAAUAUGACGAAAGCAUAUCUUGCAAAGCAAGAAGAAUGGAGACAAUGGUGUCUCAAGAAAGAAUUCGGAGAUGGUGAACUUGUGAAUGAUCAGAAACUAAGCUUUUUCAUGAUGGAUCAUGUCAUGAAUAGAGGACAUCGUAAAGAGUCUAGAUUUUUUAGUAGAAGAAAAGAGUUGUACGAUGCAAUUAAUGAAAGAGCAGAGUUAGAGAAUAUAUCCCCUGAAGAAGCUGCUCAAAGAAUGGAGAAUGACCAAGUUCAGCUUGGAAUUUCUCUAGAUAAAUAUAGAGCUUGA